AUGAGACAAGGGCCUGGAGAAAAUGGUCUACCAGUUAGAUUGUCAAAUUCACAAAAAGCUCUGUCAAAAAGAACUCUUAACUUCAAUGGUUUUAAUAUAUUUGGAGCUUUAUACUCUAAACAACUUCCUCUGGUGUCUAUAAUUAUACCUGUAUACGAAGAACAUUGGGAAACACUUAUUCGCACUAUUGUAUCUGUUUUAAAUCGGUCACCAUUGGAGCUCAUAAAAGAAGUCAUUUUGGUUGAUGAUGGCAGCUCACGACGGCAUUUGAAAGAGCGACUUGAUAAUUAUCUCUCAACAACCUAUCCUGGUGGUCUUGUUUGGGUGAUUCACUUGAAGGAAAGAGAAGGACUUAUUCGAGCAAAAUUGUUGGGUGCUAAGUUGGCAACCGGUGAUGUGCUUAUAUUUUUGGACUCUCACUGCGAAACUAAUGUGAAUUGGCUGCCACCUCUUCUUGAUCCAAUUUCUAAGAAUUACCGGACAGUAACAUGCCCUUUUAUUGAUGUGAUUGAUGCUGACACCUUCGAAUACCGUGCCCAAGAUGACGGCGCCCGUGGAGCGUUUGACUGGAGUUUUUACUAUAAGCGUCUUCCAAGGUUAUCAGUUGACAGUCUUCAUCCGGAAACACCUUUUGACAGUCCAGUGAUGGCAGGUGGUCUGUUUGCUAUUAGUAAAAAGUGGUUUUGGGAACUGGGAGGUUAUGAUCCUUUGCUUGAUAUCUGGGGUGGGGAACAGUACGAAUUGUCUUUCAAAAUUUGGAUGUGUGGUGGGCGUCUAAUUGACGUUCCCUGUUCAAGGGUUGGACACAUUUUUCGCGAAUAUCCGACAAAUUUUCCUCAACCAAAAGUAAAGAAUUUUCUAGGAAGAAAUUUCAAACGUGUAGCAGAAGUAUGGAUGGACGAAUAUAAAGAAUACAUAUACAGAAGUUUACCGAAAUGUAGAAAAGUGGACCCUGGUGAUUUAUCACAACAGCAUAACCUCAGAAAACGGCUUCAAUGCAAGUCUUUUAAAUGGUUUAUGACAGAAGUAGCGUUUGAUUUGACGAAAGCCUACCCACCUCCUGAAGAAGUCUUAUUUGCCACCGGAGAAAUACGUUCAGCUGCUUUCCCUUAUCUGUGUAUAGAUGCUGCAAGAGCCACCAAACGAUUACCGGCUAAAUUAAGUUUUUGCAGUGCAACUAGUAAAAGAUAUAAUUACACCCAGGAUUUUGAAUAUUCUUUGAAAGAAGAUAUUAAGGCUGUGAAACCAUCAUUAUGUUUAGAUGUACCAGAUACCAAACCUAACAAAGCAGUUUUAUUUCACGCAUGCCAUGGUCAAAAUGGAAACCAACACUGGCAUCUACAGUCAGUUUAUAGAAACAAAGAAAAUCCUAUUAAUAUCGUACAUUCCACUUCCGGUUUGUGUUUAGACUUAAAUCUGAAAAGUCUGUCAGUUUUGGUAAGACGGUGCGAUUCGAAUUUGCGUACUCAAAGAUGGAAUUGGAGGGAUUUACGAUUUAAAACUAUUUUACCAAACUUGUAA